AUGCGUUCCCUCUCUCUUUCGUCUUGGUAUAACAACAUUUUCGCUCGAGAUGGUCUGUUCUUUCUUUCUUUCUUUCUUUCUUUCUUUCUUUCUUUCUUUCUUAUCCCUCUCGUGCUUUCGGCGUUCCGCAUGCGUCGUCAAAAGGGUCUAUCCAUUCGACGGGGAGACCAAUUCUCCUCACAAUUUUGCAAACACAUUUUUUCGGCCCAUAGAGACAUUUGCCAGACGUCCUACCGGUCCGCAGGCCCGGCCGAGACCGACUUUUCCGUUUCACUAUUCGUUUCCGUUUUCUUCUUGUCACGUGGUCAACUUUUUUCCCAUUAUGGGUGGAAUGAUGUCAUCGACCCUCUCUCUCAUCUUCAGGGUCAGAGAAAGUUUAGUUUAAAGUGUUUCAACUUCUCCCAACCGGAACCUAACCGUGUAAAUCAUGCUGUCAACACCUUGACCAAAAGAGAAGGAAAGGGUACACUCUGGUCAAUCCUUGUCGCCACGAAGUCUACCUAUCUCUUUGGGUUUACUAUCUUUAUAUUUUCUGCAAGUACUGGGCUCUUUACUUUAGAAUGCUUCUAA